ACAACACCGGAAGUUAUCCCAGAGACACAUGAUGUAACACAAUAAGUUCCGGAUUAGCUAAAGGUCGACAUAAAGUAGCCUGUGGAACUGCGUCCGUUUUUACCAGCCAGCAAACUCACAAAUAUUACCAAGAAUUCACAAAAUGCCGAGAGGAAGCAGAAGCCGGUCGUCCAGGAUGGCCCCUCCAGCCAGGGCCCCACCCCCACCUAUGGCCAGGGCUGCACCCCCUCCCUCCUAUGCCCCGGCGCCUAUGCAUGCUCCUCCAUCUUCUGUGGGUGCUCCAGCUGCAGCACCCAAGCAGCCUGGUAUGUUUGCCCAAAUGGCGACUACAGCCGCUGGAGUGGCAGUGGGCUCUGCAGUAGGACACACCCUCGGCCACGCGAUGACUGGAGGCUUCGGUGGAGGAUCCUCGGAGCCUGCCAAGCCUGAUGUCACAUACCAGGAGCCGUACCAAGCUCAGCCCAUGUACCAGCAGCAGCCACAGUCCAUGUAUCAGCAGCAGCCCCCUCAACAGCAGCAGGGCUGCUCGUAUGAGCUCAAACAGUUCAUCGAGUGCGCCCAAAGCCAGAGCGACCUAAAGCUCUGUGAGGGCUUCAGCGAGGUGCUGAAACAGUGCAAGUUCUCUAAUGGUAUGUCAUGAGACUGAGACAAACACCUGGAGAAUGAAGAGCACACACAAACUGUAAUGAGCCACCAAGCUGUAUGAAGUGUUUUAACCUACAAGAAAUCAAUAAACUUACUUUAUUUCGACAGCUGACUAUCAUUAGAAGGCAUCAUUGUGUUCAUUCUCAGGACAUUGCUACAAAGUUUGUAAUAAUAGUCGUAUAAAUAUUGUUUAUAUAUUUUGCUGCGUGUUGAUUUGAGUUGUCGACCGUGAUUUUCAUUAGCUUGAGUGCUUUUUAAUUUAAAUUCAACUGCGCAUGUUUCCAUCCUCUGGAUUGUUGAUGUCUGCAGUUUGUUUGCAACAUGUUUUAGAUUUCAAAAUAAUAAAGCCCAUGAAUCAUAAAA